ACUAUCCGGAAAUUUAUGGGUACCGCUCGCGAUCGCGUUUUCCGAUCAACGCUAAUUUAGAUGCCAGAUUCUGAACGCAGAUGGCGACAUUCCACAAAUGCGAACGAUCGAUCCAAAAUACCGAAACGUGCAAUCGUCGCGGUAAAAUUAGAUUUGGUUUGAGCAUUGAGUUGAUGUCAAUUCCGCCCGUGAAAAUACUUGAAUUGUCUUUUUCAGAUUCAUGUGAGACUGUUGAAUUAGAGGGAAAGCUGGAAGACGAGGUCAUGAUAGCGGCCAGCGAGCCUCGUGCCUAUGUCCCUUUCGGUCGCUCCAUCUCUCGCAGUCACCCCGGCCAAGACGGCUUGCCCCAGCAGAAGGACCUUGUCUCCGAUCACGACGUCCCUCUGGCUGCUUUCAAGGAUGUCUCCCUCAGUGAGGGCCCAGAGAAAGAAUCAUGGCAGAUAAGAGAGUGUACAGAUGCAGGGGACUGUGAAGAGGAGCUUUAUUUCAAAGAUAGGGUCGUUGUAUGGAGCAAGGGAUGCGGCUACUCAACGAGCACUGUUCAAAAAUCUUUCACACUCCAUGAUCCAGUUCUGCAGGUCGAAUGGAGUCGGUUUCGAAUACAAAGACAUAAACAGACUGAUACCAAGCCAUCUCUUGCUGAGAAUAACCAAGAAGAGGAUGUAGUGGGCAUCAGUAUCUCUCACCCUGCUAGCAUCACUGUCUUCACUGAAGCUGGAGAAAAAUUUGUGGCAUCACUUCCAUUUCAGGUCUCAAAAACAUGGAUAGUAGACGGAGGUAUGUUACUGGAACAAGCUGUCUCUCAGACGGAACUAGCCUCAGUUUAUGGCAAACGAGAGAAAGAGAAACUACCAACUCUUUUCAGUUUGCUGCAUCCCCUUGAUGAACCAACCCCAGUAUUGUGUAGAAGUGGCAGCAGCGGAAACACUAGAGUCAGCUUCGUGACAGACCCCAUGCAACAGAUUGUCUUUACAAGUCAGAAACCUUCCCUGGUCAUGACCUUUGACCGGUCGAUUGGAGUCCACUCGGUCUGGGCAUUGAGAAAGGUCAAAGAAGAGGAGGCAAACACAGCAGUGAAGCUGUUAGAUGUCCUCAGUGGGUCUCUCUCCCUCCACUCCUCCAUGGCGAACACCACCGGUCUUGGAGCCACGCCCAAGCACCAUAGCACUAGCUCUACAGCAAGCUUACUGGCAGGCCUGAGCAUGAGUGCCCAGUCACGCCUUAGCAUGUCCAGCGUAUCGCCGGCCAUGUCACCUGCACCAGGUUUCCGGGGCUAUGCCCGCACCCUGGCCUCUCCUCAUUUGGCCUCCAGAGGGCAGAGUCCGGCCUUGUCUCACUCAGGAGUGAAUCGAUCCUUCUCUCCAGGACACAGCCUUCCCUUCUCGUCUCCAGGAGUUAGCCAAACUCCUAGAUCAUCUUACCCUUGGACGCCCGGUGCAGGUACCACCAACGACAUGACAACAAUGUGUGAGGACAUUGACGAACCAUUACUUCCUGAACUGUGCCUUGAACAUUGCUGGACAGAACCUUUCACAGCUAAUAGAGAUGGCAUUCUGGGGCAAGCCUCCAAGGCGUUCUUGACCUCUGACCUGUCGGGUCAGGACUUCCUCUGCUUCCUCCUGCCACGUUAUCGUCAACUCAGGUGCCUGAAGUUCAAUUCAAGUAACGACUGCACGCAGCUCAUCUUUGGCAGCCUUACUACUCUCCACGUCAGGGAUGCUGUGCAGUUGGAGGAUCUGAAGAUGAUGGCGGUGGUAGAAGCCAACGGGAACCUGGCACUCUAUACCGGCAUCAACAAGGUCGGCAAUAUUCUGCUCCCAGGGGUCGCCCCUACCAUCAUGGCCAGUAGCGUAGGACCAGGGGGUACUACCAUGCCACGCCCCAGUACUCCUCUGGAUAGUCCCUACCUGACGUCAUCCCAUCUGACAGGGGCCUCGCCAACCCUGAAUGACGAGGUUGUACUUCUCUCUCCGGUGCCUGGCGAGGUUAGUCACACCAAGCUCCAAGAAUCGACCUGCAGCGAAGAUUUGACCCUGUCGCACAGCGCCACCAGUGGUCAACAUGUUGUACGACUUCAGGAUCCAGUCAAGAACAGGUUCACUGUGGUCCUGUCAAAUGACACUAUGAUAAGGACAUCACUACCAAAAAUAUCAGUAUCAAAUACAGUUAAUCUGUGCCUUGAGGCCGUGAAGUAUGUGUUGCCAAGGGAUACAGCAAUCCAGUUCCAGGCAAAGUGGUAUGCCACCAAUCAUGCACCGGGAGAGAUCCGUGACCAAUCAGAGCUCAUGACCUUUGUGACCUGUUUGUUGAAUAUGAUGGGAUAUAAUACCGAACAGCUUAAUCUAUAUGGUCGGGACACUGAAUCAUCAGGUUCCCCUGGAGUGGCAGCCAAGAAACAUAAACCCUCAGGCUGGGAUGAGGACUGGGAUUAUCUCUUUUCCUCGGACUACCACGGCAAGGUGAAGGACAACUUCCCAGCAUUCAGCCACCCUGAUAGGGCGCCCUCGCCCGGUGCGAAGGACACAGACACGUCCAACGACCCAGCGACCAACCGUAAACCCCUGGAAUCCUCAGCGCUUCUCUUCACCCACAUACCUGGGCUGGCUUUUGUUCUUCAUCUUGUAUAUGAGGAACUGAAAUUGAAUAAGUUUUCGAAAGAGGAUGUGAAAGAAUUGGUUGUAGUUCUCAAUCAUCUAGCAUGUGAGUUGGAUUGGUGUCAGUACCAAGACUACUAUCUCAGAAACCACCCAAACCUGUUCAGUUCAACACCAGAGAAAAGCUUAACACCAGAAAUGAAGAAAGAUCUCCAGGUUCCUACCUUCUGGACUCCUCUACCCCCUAGCAUCCAUCGGUACCUCUACAACUACAUCAGGGGGGCAAAACAGGACCCCUUCCCGAUCUUGUCAGGUCUUUGCACCAGAACCAGUGAGGCGGUUUCUCUUUACAUGCUUUGCAUGGAUGAAGGAAUCCCUGAUAUAGCAGGCACACAUAGACUCAGUAGAAGACAGUCUGUCAGUGCCUUCCCAUCAGAUCUCAAUUCUAUGGACGGCCUGAACGCUUUCCUGCUGCGCUACCCCGACCUCCCUCCGUCCCAGCGGACAGUGGUCUACAUGAGCCAGCUAGGGUACACCCUGGCCACCCUCAACUCCUUCCCUGUGGGCGUGGCCCUACCCCUGAUGGAGGCCAUCUCUCAGAGUCGGGAUGCCCCGCCCUCCAGCUGGCCCAAGGGGGCGUAUGACCUCCUCUGCAGGCAGGACCUCUCCAACCAGGUCGAGUGGCUUUCAGCGUCCAGUAAGAAACAUCACAGGUCGAAGAUGCAUUGUGGUUCACAAGGGCUUGGUCUCAGCACCAUGGCAACCAAACAAGAAGAGCGAGAUGGGAUGGAGCAUCUGGACCAGGAGCUCCUCCGGCUCCGGUUCCCCGACGACCUCCGCGUCCAGGAGGUGAGACGUGUCCUCCAGUCGUCAAAGCCCGUCACCAUCGCCCUCACUCAGAAACCAGAAACAAGUGACCAUGAGUUCAUCGAAGAACAAGAACUACAUCUGUUACUGGUCUCUCAACGAACAAUGGCUCUUCCAGUUGGCAGGGGCAUCUUCACACUCUGCACUUCCAAUGCUGUCAUCACGGAACCUCUUCACAUCCCAAAGUUAAACCUCACCGGCAAGGCACCCCCAAGGAACAACACAAUAAACUUUGUGAACAUCGAUGUGCCAACCAACAUGAAUGCAUGGCCCUUGUUUCACAAUGGAGUUGCCGCAGGGCUUAAGAUUGCCAGAGGAGAUAAUCAGAUCGACUCUGCAUGGAUAGUAUACAACAGACCUCAGACGACUGAGUUAGCCAAUGAGCAUGCUGGAUUCCUAAUGGCCUUGGGUCUCAACGGCCACCUCUCCAACCUGGAUAAACUCAAUAUACACAACUACCUCUGCUCCGGUCAUGAGAUGACAAGUGUAGGGCUUCUCCUUGGACUUGCAGCUGCAAAACGAGGUACUAUGGACGUCACUACCACCAAAAUCCUAUGCAUUCACAUCAGUUCCUUGCUACCUCCCACAUCCACCGAGCUCGACGUACCUCACAGCGUCCAGGUGGCAGCCAUCUUGGGAACGGGCCUCGUCUAUCAGAAGACAGCACACAGACAUGUUGCUGAAGUGCUGCUUGGGGAAAUAGGUCGUCCUCCAGGACCUGAGCUGAGUAACUGUACCAACCGUGAAUCGUACUCACUCGCUGCCGGGUUAGCCCUUGGUAUGGUCACACUAGGGCGUGGUAGUGGAGCUGUGGGACUUUCAGACCUGAACAUCCCGGAUCAGCUGUAUCAUUACAUGGCCGGUGGACACAAGAAAAAUCUGAGUGGCCAGAGCCGAGAGAAGAAAUCACCAUGUUAUCAGAUACGAGAGGGUGAUCAGGUCAAUCUUGACGUGACCUCACCCGGAGCGACCCUUGCCCUUGGCCUUAUGUUCCUACAGACAGGCAAUAGAGCCGUUGCUGAUUGGUUAGCUGCGCCUGAUACCCAGUCACUGUUAGACAUGGUCAAACCAGACUUCUUGCUUCUCAGGGCCAUCAGCAGAGGGCUGGUUUUAUGGGACGACAUCAGACCAACCUGUGAAUGGGUUGAUAGUAACAUUCCUCCUAUUGUGAAGAAGUAUGCUUUCAAGGCAAACAUAGAGGAGAGCAGCGGUGAGGAGGGAAUAGAAUAUCAGACAUUGAGCCAAGCUAUCUGUAAUAUAGGAGCAGGGGCUUGCUUUGUAUUGGGACUUCGGUUUGCUGGAACUGCCAACAAAUGUGCUUAUGAGUGUCUGCUCUCUUAUUUGAAGAAACUAAUGAACAGGGCAUCUCAGUCCCUUGUGGAUGUCGCUGGAAGAACAACCUACAAGACCUGUCUGUACACUAUCCUUCUUGCGUCAGCCAUGGUUAUGGCUGGAACAGGGGACCUUGAACUUUUGCGCGUCGCCCGCGGUCUCCGCAGCCGGGUUCACAACGACAUCUCGUACGGCAAUCACAUGGCGUGCUCCAUGGCCAUUGGACUCUUGUUCAUGGGAGGAGGGCGCUAUACCCUCAGCACGUCUCAGGAGUCCGUGGCUGCCCUUGUUACGAGCCUCUUCCCGUGCUUUCCAGGGAACAGCAAAGGCAACAGGUACCAUCUCCAGGCUUUGAGGCACCUGUAUGUGUUAGCAGCAGAGCCGAGGUUGAUCCUUCCUAAAGACGUUGGGACUGGCAAACCUUGCUAUGUACCUCUAGAAGUCACCCUCAAGGCAUCUGAGUGGCAUGAUGAGACAAUCUUGAAGCUGAUGGCACCCUGCAUCAUCGGUGAACUAUCAACUCUAAAAAGGGUCCGGAUAGUUGGUCCCAGGUACCUCGGUGUGACCCUUGACCUUGAGCAUGACCUUGAGACCCUGAAAGGUCUCUUGACCUCUGGAGGAACCCUGUUUGUCAAGCAGAGAGCUGGACAUCUCUCUUACGCUGAGGAUCCUAAGGGAUACCGUAGUCUUCUGGCCCAGCUCUUGACCCACGAAACCUCUAACCAUUCGACCUCUGACCUCAAGCUGAUUGAGUCUUUCACCUCUGACCCCUACAUCCUCACCUUUGUGAAGCAGUUCUGCUGGUGGAACUCGGAUAAGCCUAAACAGGAAGAUGAGAAGUCGUUAAUGAUGGGUAGUUUGCUCUUUGAGAGUGUCACCAAGGAGAAGUUAUCGGUUCUUCCAGUGCUUCUCGAAUUACAUCAGUCUUUGGAACAGCCACUUGAGAGCUUGGAUGCAUCUGAUCUGUGGCAGCUCAAGCUGGUACUAGCCUACUAUAGCCAUCAUCCUGCAGUCAAAACUCUGGUGGACAAGUCUAACCAGACCACUGCACAGAGAAGAAGGCUGGUCCAUGCUGAGGCCUGUGCGCACUUCAAAUCAAGACUGGACUCUGUUCUUGACACAUGGCUGCAAGUUCACAGCAGUGAUGUCUUGGGCUACCUUCAGUCGGGAGCUCUCCCCGCUGAUGCGAAGGACAGGGCUAUCCUCUACGUCUUCCUACACGUCUAUGACAUCGCACAUUCCAGUAUGACGAGUCAGACAGCACUUCAAGGGGACAGCUCUCUCCCAGAGGUCUAUACAGCUCUCAAGGAUUACCAACUACCCAUGUCAACAGUUCUUAGGAUAUACCAAUGUUUGCAGAGGACCAGAUAGCACUAGGAUCCACUGAUCAAGGAUUCAGCAAAGACUGUGAUGCAAGUGUCUCCAGAACUACUAGAUUCCAAUGCCGGAUGUUCUAAGGAUUCCAUAGAGAAUGUUGUACAAAUGUAUCCCGGAUCUUAGGAUAUCCCAAAUAGCACUAGUAUCCACUGAUCAAGGUUUCAGCAAAGACUGAGAUGCAAGUGUCUCCAGAAUUACAACAUUCCAAUGCCGAAUGUUCUAAGGAUAUUCCAAAGUGUGAGGACCAGUUAGCACUAGAGUAAACUUCACAUUGAUCAAGGAUUCCAUUGAGAAUGUUGUACUAAUGUAUCCAGGAUUACCAACUUCCAAUGUCAGCUGUUCUUAGAAUAUACCAAUUUCGCAGUAUGAUCGCAGUAUGAUCGCAGUAUGAUCCACUGUACAAGUGUUCAGUAAAGACCGUCAUUCUAGUGUCCCCAGGAGUACUACCUUCCAAUGUCAGAUGUUCAUUGGAUAUACUAAUGCUCGCAGAGGACCAGUUUGCACCAGAAUGAAUUUCACAUUUAUCAAGGAUUCCAUAAAGAAUGUUGUAUUAAUGUAUCCAGGAUUACCAACUUCCAAUGUCAGCUUUUCUAAGAACAUACAAAAAAGUUUUCAGAGGACCAGAUAGCAGUAGGAUCCACUGAACAAGGAUUCAGUAAAGACUGUCAUUCUAGUGUCCCCAGGAGUACUACCUUCCAAUGUGAAAUGCUUGCAGAGGACCAGUUUGCACCAGAAUGAACUUCACAUUGAUCAACAUUUCCAUAGAGUGUACACUAUAAACUAGAUAGCAGUAGGAUCUACUGAUCAAUGAUUUUAUUAAGAUUGCAAAACCAGUGCCUCAAGGACUACCAGCUGUACAUGUUGGCUGUCCUUCUGAUCUACUUAUGGACCAGAAAGUGGUAGAAUCCUUGAGGAAUACUAAUUAAGGAUUCAUUGAGACCGUUUCACUAUUGUCUCCAGAAUUUCUACCUACCCAUUUCAGCUCUUUUUACGAUAUACCAAUGUUUCCACGUGACCAGAUUGUGCUAUUUUUAAAGAUCCCUGAGGAACUGUACAUUGAUCAAGGAUUCAAUAAAAACUGUUACACUAGUGUCUCCAUAAUCACUACCUGUCCAUGACAGUUGUUCUCAGGAUAUACCAAUGCUUGCAGUGGACCAGAUAGCAGUAAAUAAAUGAAUAAUAUAGGAUUUGUAUGGUGCACGUAUCCACCUUGCUAGGUGCGCAAGGCGCUCCUAUAUUACCCUGGCUAAGCUAGUCUACCGAUUCUGGUGCACACAGCUAUUUGAGAUACCCAUUUACCUAACCUGGGUCGAGUGCAGCACAGUGUGGAUAAAUUUCUUGCUGAAGGAAAACACGCCAUGGCUAGGAUUCGAACCCAUAACCCUCUGUUUGAAAGGCGAGAGUCAGAACCACUAGACCACAACGCGCCCAGUAAGAUCACUGGGGAACUGUACAUAGUUCAGGUGGUCAUCUAGUUUUCCAUCCUACAUGUAGUAUUUGCAGCAACCAAGACUUAUGUACCAGCCAAUUACAGGAUGAUGUCGCCAAGGCAUCUUGCUGAAAGUGUCAACAUAUUUGACUUGUCACUGCCUUCAUCAACUGGAAGGAGUAGGGAAGGCUUCCGAUUCACUAAUGCAUUUCGUAAACCAGUUUUCUGCUUGCUGUUAGUGACAGAAGAUGGACGUCCUCUUCAUACAGUCCCAAUUUGACCGAUUGGGAUGGUGGAAGUAUUUACAGUCCUCCUCCUCAGAGCAUUGCCCCCUCUGCUUGCAAUUGCUCAUCCUGUGAUCACGACCAGCCUUUAUUAACUUUAGUCUCUCUGGCUGUGUCAUUGCUAGAAGCUUUGGUCAACCCCAAUGUGUGUGUACUUGGCAUACCCAACAUCUAGGUGGAAGCUUUUGAGGAGGUGGUGAAUCUGCUUUUUCGCUCUUGAUGUGGUAGAUCUGAUGAUCCAGUCUAUUAGAGUGGACACUGUUAUUUCAUUGAUUUUCAUCAAGUUUAGGUGUCUAAACUAAAUCUUUUUAUCUUCUAUACGGAGCUUCUUUUCAAUUACUGCCAUCGUUUCAGCAUUGUCAAUGUCUGUUGCUCGCCCGGCAUCUUUUAACGUAUUGUAGCUGCGAAGAACUAACUGGGUUAGUUCCCAGAACCGAGCGUCUUCUUCCUCUCGUAACAUGCGAAAUGCACUUGUGUCAUUUGUAACCGCAUCACUCACAAAACGUAGAUCUCCAUAUACUGCAUCAAGAAGUUUCCAUGCUACCUGGUGGUCACUUAUCCCUCUCAAAAACACUGCUGGCUUUCCUUCUACAAAAUUUCCGAGUAUGGUAAUAGCAUCUCGAUCUGAGUGAAAGUUGAUAGAUGCAAAAAAUCUGUCUUGAAAUUCUUAUUCUCCCUUGAAUUUAGGAAAUUUCAGUUUUUCAACCUUGAAAGCCUUUGGUGUGCGGCCUGAUUGGUCAGAAGGUGUUGAUUCUGGACGAGGUGACGCUGAUGCUGUUUGUUGUGGCGACUGCUGUAAAAACUGAUCGCAACUGAGUGAUUUCACUGUGCACCUCCUCCAUCCAUUCCUCUUCUGUUUCAAACUCUGUGAAUUCUUUGUGCGCAGUCUGCACCUGCUGAAAAGCUUCCUUCACUUCAGAUACUGGCCGGCUCACAUCUAUAACUAAAUCUAGGGCAUUGCUGCAUCUGGUGAACCUUCCUUUUGCCCCACGAUGCUUCAGUUUCAAGGACUUCUCAGCCAUCUCGAAGCUAGUAGUGAUCUCUGCAAACUUCUCGGCGGUGACCUCUGGUUACCUCAGAAAUCACCAAAGACUGUCUGAUACGAGAAAAAGCCGCUUUGAAUUGUAUAGCAGGUUCACUACCUUGUUUUAUUCAAUUUCUUUGGCGGCAUUUCCUGGCCAACUUGACAUAAAAUUAGAAACAUUUGUCCCUCGAACUUCAGUUCCUGACAAAACUAACAUGGCAUCUGCGAUUUGCAUAAUAAUAUCCAGAAUCGGCAAAAGUUAAACAAAGUUUAAGAUGGAACAAAAGUGACAAACUUGCAAGGACUAAUCAAUUACUGCACAUAAAUAAUUUUAAGGUUUGCCCUGCAAACCAGAUCAUUUGUUUUACAAAGGUACUCUCAUGUGAGUGAUUUUGGGUGCAAAAUUCAUACCAUAUGGUACAUUUUGUCAAUGAGGUGACAGCAAGUAGAAUACAUGUAAGAAGACUGA